AGCAGCCAUGGCGCAUAUUUCCUCGUGACAUAAUCUCCAGCUUCAUUGGAUUUAAUGCACUUCUGCGAUCUCUGAUUUUUAUGUUUCUGUCAAAAAUCUGUCGAGAAACCCUUGACAGAUAUGCUGCCUGUAGUGGUGGUGCAUGGAGGUGCUGGUCAUAUUCCUAAAGAAAGAGCUGAACUCUCUACUAUCGGUGUGAAAGAGGCAGCCAGGAUUGGGUAUGCCAUCCUCCAGAAGGGUGGAAGUGCCAUUGAUGCUGUGGUUGAAGCAGUGACCUCCAUGGAGAACAACCCAAGAUUCAAUGCAGGUCGGGGGUCAGUGUUAAAUGUAAAGGGGGAAGUAGAGAUGGAUGCAAUUGUGAUGGAUGGAAAGUCACUAGCUAGCGGGGCUGUGUCAGCAGUCCGAAGAGUGGCUAACCCUGUGCAACUGGCCAGGCUUGUCAUGGAGAAGACCAACCACUUGUGUCUGACAGCUGAAGGGGCCUCUAAGUUUGCCAGAAGCAUGGGUGUACCGGAAGUGCCCGAGGAGUCAUUGAUCACAGACUAUGCCAAGAUGCGCUGGAAGAAGAACCUGGAGCAAGAUGCCAACCCUGUGGAAUGCCAAAUGGGCAAGAUGGGAACAGUAGGUGCAGUAGCUGUGGACAUAGACGGAAACAUUGCUUGUGCUACAUCCACUGGUGGAAUGAUUAAUAAAAUGGAGGGCCGUGUGGGAGACACGCCGUGUGUUGGAUGUGGUGGCUAUGCAGAUAACAAGAUUGGGGCUGUCUCACCGACAGGACAUGGGGAAGCCAUUAUGAAGGUCACUCUGUCCAGACUGGUUCUCUUUCACAUGGAGCAAGGGAAAACACCUGAGGAAGCGAGUGACCUGGCUCUUGCGUAUAUGAAGGAGCGGGUGGAGGGUCUCGGAGGGGUGGUGGUGGUAGAUCCCAAAGGGACCUGGGCAGCUCGCUUCAGCAGUUUACAGAUGUCAUGGGCCGCUGCCCAGCAGGGUGAACUCCACUUUGGGCUGUACCAUGGAGAAGACUUUGUAGAGCCUGUACAAGAGAACACAUAAUGAACACAUGCGCACACACACAUAUUAUAUAUAUAAUGUAUGUAUAUAUGUUGAUUAAAUUAUUGAAUUGAAAGGGAAAUAUGUAAAUCAUUCUUCGUAGCAGUGAUAUUGUGCAUCUAUUAAGUGUUUUGAAGUUGAUCAAUAAAGCAAUGUAAGUCUUACACAGAUUGUUUGUUUAAAAAUUAAAACAAAUCAGUAAAUAUAACACUCCUUAGUCUUAGUGUAACUGUCCCAAGUGGUAGUACUGCAUGUUCUCCACUUGAUGGAGAUAGAUUAUGUUCUUUGGAGUUGAGUGACUGAAAUUUAAGGUGCAGUUCACAUUUAAUAAUAAUUUACAAAAUGGUUGAGAUAAAAAGUGUUUUACAUGUACUGUAAAUGGCACUUAAGAAUGUCAGAAUAUCUUAAAAAAAAAAUUAUGAAUAUAAAUCAUGAUUCAUUCCCGGAGUAGUUCAGUGUGUCUUUUUCUUCAAAAGACUAAAAGAGAAAGCAACUUAUUAAAUCAGCACAAUUUUUUUUACCUAUAAAUAAUUUUGACAUGUAAAUAAACAAUGCAGCAGUUCAUACUGUAAUCUUUUGUGAGAAAGUGUGUGCCUGAAUAAACUAACAUGUUUUAAAUGGUGUGUUGGAGUCAUCAUCACACCAUUUAUACUGAUUCUUUUGGAAGGUGAAAACAUGCAGAAAAUAAACUUGUUGGUGUGGGUCA